AUGUUAAAUGAUUUCGAGGUAUUCAACAAGAAACUUUGGUUUUUGAUUAUUGAUACCUGUAGUCUAAGAGUUUUCAGUUUAUUUUUCUUCUCAAAGUCUUGAAACGUUUUUUUAUCGCACCACAGAAAACAAAACAAAAAAAGUCAAUCAAUGGGGGCAUUUCAGGAUAACAAGAUUUUAAAUUUCAUGGUGCUUAUACUGUUGAUAUCUACGAAAUUGUGUCAUGCUGACGAAGAUUUUGAUGAUACGAAACAAAAGCGUGCCGCUGGCGGUGGAAACGUUGGAUUAUUUCCGUUUCCAAGAGUAGGCAGAAGUGAUCCAGACUUGUUAGCGGAAUUUGAUUCACCAUCAUCGAAUAAUUUGUUUGAGAAUUAUGACGAUUUGGGCCGCUAUGAAGUAAAACGACAAGGUCUCGUUCCUUUUCCACGAGUUGGCCGAUCUGGUUCACCAAAUUCAAGGUUCUAUCACCAACAGCUGUCAGAUUAUAUCAAGAGAAGUAUGUCAGGUGCAACUCCAUCUUCUUCCAACAUGUGGUUUGGCCCAAGGCUUGGAAAGCGAGCCCUCAAUCAAGGUGAAAAUAUGUAAAAAGAAGAGUUUGCGAGUUUUUCAAGUUUUCUUUUCGUUUGGUUUUAAACGUUUGCAUGGAAUUUGCAGCGUGCAUUUUUAUUAAAAAUAUUUAAUUGACUGUGAGUUUUUUCCUAGUAUUAAAAUAUUUAAUUUCUUUCGGGAAAUAUGUAUAUGAGAGAUGAUUUGGUAAGAAUAACUUUAAACUAUACGAGAGUGUUUUCAAUGUUGAUUGGAAAGUUAAUUUUGUUUUUUUUUGUGUUGAAAAUUUAUAAUCUCAAUGAAAAUUCUUUUCUUUUUUGUUUGUUCUAAAAAUUCUUCAACAAACUUGUAGAGAACACUGUGUUUGUGCCAAGAUUAGGUCGGGGUGGUCACAUUAAUUUCCCUCACAAUCUCGUCACUAAAAGCAGGAAAUUAUUUAAUUAAAGUAAUAUCUCUAAACAUCUGGAAAAGUGUUAACUUUGUGCUUCGAAAUCAUCGUGGAAUUUAUUAAGGCUGGUGGAAAUUCAAUUCUGCUUCUGAUGAUUGUAAAAUAUUUUACCAUAUUGCGAUAUAUUUUUGAGAAAUCGCUUCGGAAAAUUUGAUCUCAAAGAAAGUUGAAUUUCCAUAAUAAAUUACGAUGAUAUCUGAAAGUAACAUUUUUCUAAUGUUGCGAGUUUAACUUCCCCUAAAUUCAUCAAAAUAAUUAGAACAAAAAUGUGUUUGAUGGAAAACUUUUGAUUAAGUAAGCAUAACAAAUAAAUUAUGAGAAAUUGAAUUUAAAACCUGUAAAGAAGCUUAAAGGAGAGAAAGUUUGAAGAAAUAAAAAAGAAAUGUGCAAAUAUCUAUAAAGAAAAUAAGUUUUCUUCUUUUUUUUUCUUUUUCGUUGAAUUCUUAUUACAAAAUGU